AUGCCGUCUCCUCCCCAUCACAACCUUGGAAAGGCGACCCCUCGUAUGGAUUCAGCAAAAAUGCCGAGCGGACACCACAAUCAAGGGAUAGCGGGUGCAAAGCGGGCGAUCAACAAUCCUGUGGUUGGGCCGGGACCGCCUGCGCAACGGCAGGCCAAAAAGCCAGUCAAACAUUCCAGUACAAAUUCAGUCACAACAUCGUCCAACAAGCCAGACUCAGCUGCUUCAUCAUCGCAGAAGAUGACACAGAUCACCCCAACGCGCCAAGUUUCUGAUCCGGAUAUAUUGCGCAGAGAGCUCGAAGAGAACUAUCCUGAGCAGACAUGGUUCGAUAGCUACACUUCACUCGAGAAGUUGAGGAAUACGAGGGGUAAAAGCAACAAUACUGUGAAAAUCUUGCUCGCAAAUCUCUCAAUUUCGGUGAGAGACAAGAACGGGGCUGAACUCGGACUCUACAAGGCUGUUCAGAACAAUAUUUCACAUCUUCUUGAUGUUGAAGCCGAGUGGAACCUCGUUACACCCAUCAGCAGCCAGCCAAAAGGGUGCUCGUCUGCAUUAUGGAAGGGCAAACUUUGGCUUGGUGGUAUCAAGGACUCAGUGAACAAGAACUGGCUUGAUGGCAUGGACCCAGUGAGCAAACAGAAAAAUUUUAAGAAUCGAAUCAGUGCCGUGGUCUCUAUACAUCCUGAAAACUGGCUGGCGGCGAACGACUGGAAGAUGCUGUUCACAAAAUGGGAUGAGGACCCCACUUCACUCAAACCUGGAUGGACGGAGAAAGGAAAAAGAGGGCAAUACGUCAUUCCUUUGGAGGAUGACUCCAGUUCGGACCUGCUUUCGCGAUUUGAAAAGGCGUUCAAAUUUAUGAAUUACUACCUAUUGCAGGGUCAGAACGUACUGGUUCAUUGCAAGAUGGGCCAGUCCCGUUCGGCUUCACUAGUACUCGGGUACAUGUUGACCAGGUACUACAAGUGCUAUAUUGCAGAUGCACACCCGUCUAAAGAGAAAGCACUGGAAGAUUUCAACGAGCUCAAAAAAAUCCAAAACCGCUUCACUAAUGAGAUCUCAGGGAAACGCAAGGGGGUCAGUACGGCAAAAUUCGAAAAGCAACUAGAGAAACAUCUUGAAAAUCUAGCCAAAUACAACGGAGAUCAGAGCACACCCGCUCAGCAGCAGAAGCCUCAGGGCAAGAAGGGUGGCGGAGGAAUUAUAAAGGACGCAAUUCUUCUUCUCUGUUACAUGCAUAACCUGACGCCAACGGAUGAGAUUCUGAAAUAUUGGACGUCACAGAAGAGGAACAAGCACUAUUGGGUCAGGGCAUCAAAGGAGAAAACGAAAAAAGAAAUUGAUGACGAAAAGCAUUUGGCCCAGGUCAAUGACUUCUUUGUGGGUUUUACGGGGAAGAAGACCAAGACAUGA